ACAAUGGGCUACAGCGAGACACCAUUGCGUGAGCCAUGCGAAUUUCUGCGCAAAAAUGGCGGCGUCAAGUGGCAACGUAAACGAGACCAUACCUGUCCCAAACGUGACGCACUCAUGUUGCCAGUACCACGCUUGGAAGAUUUGAAGAAGGAGAAGCGCGACAAGGACAAGAAGAAAGUGAAUUUUAUCAAGAAAAAUGUACUUUGCAUUAAGGAUGCAGCGGCCAAAUGGCAUCCGCCGCAAUAUAUAGAUUUUCAUACAGGCACUCCAAGAAAGUUGCAAAAUUCCGGACUUGUGCCACAAUAUGUAUGCUCGGGAGUUUUUGGUAAGGUACCCUGCUAUUUGCGUGCGCAUAAGCGGCAUAUGCUUGAGGCAUGCAGAAUGGAGCAGACUCAAAUGGCAGAACGCUGCAAAUUCAAUGAAGCGCCUAUACGCCAAUUGCCGCCAGAGGAGCGUGAGAAUAUAUUGAUGGGUCUUAAACAACAUUUUAAUGAUGUAUUUAAAGCUUACCAAGCUGGUUCACUCUAUACUGAUACCAUCUCGAAGCGGUUGAGAAAGUCAAAUUUGGAAAAGGAAUUGCGCCGAUUGGAACACGAUAUUUUUCUCCUCGAAUCAAAUCCAGUAAUAUAUGUAUCUGAAUUUUAAUUCUUAAUAAAGCGAAUAUUUAAAAUUA